AGAGCUUGCGUAGUUUCGCGUGGUUCGCGCUUCGAGUCAUGUCCGCACCAUCGAUGAUGUCCAGCCUGGCCGCCGUGGUCAAGGAGGCCAAAGACGAGGAGAUACAGGUGCCCAAGUCCGAUGACUUCUUUGAGUCGAAAACCUUCCGGCUGCUCACGCUGAUCCUCUACAUGGGCGGGGUCAGCGGCAUGGGCUUGACCCUGGCCGCCUACUAUCUGUUCAUCUGGGACUCGCGCAUGCCGCCCCUGCCUGUGUUCAAGCAUACGCAUCCCAUCGGCUAGGAAGGGAGGGGGAGUCGAGUCCAUCCGAACUGCCUCCUCGACUGCCAUCAUCAUCAUCAGUGACCAGAUUGG